GCAGGGCGGCUGCGCCCGCUGAGGCGGAGGGAGCGGGCGCCGACGCCCCGUUGAGGAAGUGGCCGCAGCUGCGAGAGAAAACGAGGAAGCGGCGGCACCCGUGGCGCUGAGCGAGUGUCCAGCCCCGCUCCCGGGCGUAACGCGACGCGGCACGGUUCGCUUUGGCUCGGCUCGGCUGGGCUGGCCGCAGCCGCCCGCCUGAGGUCUGCAUCCCAGACGGCCGGCGGCGGCGUGAGCGACAGGGUGCGACUGAAAGAAGAUGUUGAACUGUUCCUGAAUGAAGUUUCUUCCUUCUUAUGCCGCAUAAAUUGUAGAUGUAACUCUCUGUGUCCUGUUCUGAUUAAACGGUGAUUGGACUGGGGACAUAUUUGGAAGAGAAAGUACAUGAAAAACUUAUAAUCACAGAAUCUUAAGAGUUGGAAGGGACCUCAAAAGAUCAUCUAGUCCAACCUCGCUGUCAGAGCAGGACUGUGUUCAGACCACAUAGGAACUCAUCCAGGUAUAGAAUACAAAGUUUGCUACUUGGAAAACAAACAAAAAAAAAAGAUGGCUUCCAACACAGCAAACCCUGCUAACCAUUUGCCAUACUUCUUCGGCAACAUUACACGUGAAGAAGCCGAGGAGUAUCUGAUACAAGGAGGACUGAGUGAUGGACUGUACUUGCUCCGCCAAAGCCGGAAUUACCUGGGGGGCUUUGCCUUGUCCUUGGCCCAUGGCAGGAAGGUCCAUCAUUAUACAAUUGAGAGGGAGCUCAGUGGCUCAUAUGCUAUUGCAGGAGGCAAGUCGCACGCCAGUCCUGCUGAACUCAUUAACUAUCACUCAGAGGAAGCAGAUGGCCUUAUCAGUCUACUGAGAAAACCUUUCAACCGACCACCAGGUGUUGAACCCAAAAUAGGACCAUUCGAAGAUUUAAAAGAGAAUCUCAUCAGAGAGUAUGUCAAACAAACUUGGAACUUGCAGGGGCAUGCUCUGGAACAAGCUAUCAUUAGUCAAAAACCUCAGCUGGAGAAGUUGAUUGCUACUACAGCCCAUGAGAAGAUGCCGUGGUUCCAUGGGAGGAUCUCUCGGGAAGAGUCAGAACACCGUAUCCUUCUUGGAUCAAGAAGCAAUGGAAAAUUUCUUAUCCGAGAAAGGGACAGCAAUGGUUCUUAUGCCCUGUGUCUACUGAAUGAUGGGAAAGUACUACAUUACCGUAUUGACAGAGAUAAGACAGGAAAGCUCUCAAUACCGGAUGGGAAAAGAUUUGACACCCUCUGGCAGUUAGUUGAACAUUAUUCAUACAAACCAGAUGGAUUAUUAAGGAUUCUUACCAUUCCCUGUCCACAACUGGGCUCAGAAAAUGAUAAUAUUGUUUUUAACAGUCGGCCUUCUCUUCCUGGAACCCUUUCUAAGAGUUGGGCAGGAGGUGGAAUUAUCUCAAGACUCAAAUCGUACACCUUUCCAAAGGCUGGCAGCAAAAAGUUUCAGCCAUCUAUGGGCCACCCACCAGAUGAAGCACUUUUUAAUCCUUAUGUGCUGCAGAAUAACAGAUGUUUUCCAGGAGCAGAAAAAGGUGAUCAGAGAGAGGCUUUACCCAUGGAUACUGAGGUCUAUGAAAGUCCAUAUGCUGAUCCAGAUGAGAUGAAACCAAAAAAUGUCACUCUUGACAGGAAGUUGUUAACUUUGGAGGAAGGAGAACUUGGCUCUGGUAACUUUGGUACUGUAAAGAAAGGGUUCUAUAAGAUGAAAAAGGGUGCCAAGCCAGUGGCUGUAAAAAUUCUGAAGAAUGAGAGUAAUGAUCCAGCUGUAAAGGAUGAAUUACUGAGAGAAGCAAAUGUAAUGCAGCAACUGGAUAACCCAUAUAUUGUCCGAAUGAUAGGCAUAUGUGAAGCUGAGGCUUGGAUGUUAGUGAUGGAAAUGGCUGAACUAGGGCCACUCAACAGAUUUUUGCAAAAAAAUAGGCAUGUCACGGAGAAGAAUAUAACAGAAUUGGUUCAUCAGGUUUCCAUGGGGAUGAAAUACCUGGAGGAGAAUAACUUUGUUCAUAGGGAUCUGGCUGCAAGGAAUGUGUUAUUAGUCACGCAACAUUAUGCCAAAAUAAGUGACUUCGGACUUUCUAAAGCUCUUAGUGCUGAUGAAAAUUAUUACAAGGCACAAAGUCAUGGAAAAUGGCCAGUCAAGUGGUAUGCUCCAGAAUGCAUGAAUUUCUACAAAUUCUCUAGCAAAAGCGAUGUCUGGAGCUUUGGGGUUUUAAUGUGGGAAGCUUUCUCUUAUGGACAAAAGCCAUAUAAGGGAAUGAAAGGUGGUGAAGUUUCACAGAUGAUUGAAAGAGGAGAACGAAUGGAACGUCCCGAGGUCUGUCCAACAGAAGUCUAUGAUCUGAUGAAAUUAUGUUGGACAUACAAUGUCGAUGACCGACCAGGAUUUGUGGCAGUGGAGAUGAGAUUGCGAAACUACUAUUACGACAUUUCCCAUUAAAGAACGACAUGAAGAACAGCAGCUCCCUUCGUGCAGCCACCACCCUCUGAGAGGCACUCCAGUUUCCGAAACCAAGUGACUCGGAUUGUUGUGCUGCCACUGUCACCCUGCGAAGCUCAAGGCUAAGCCCUGCAUUUGUAGGGUUGCUUUUUCUUGCCUUCUGCGUAAUAUCCAUCCCCAAAACAGAGUGUUGAAAGUGGAGAGGCCCCAAAAGCAAGCAGCAAGAAAAUCAGAGCAGAUGCUUAUACUUUUGCUACAUUCCAUUUUGUUUUAUUUACAGCUUCAUUGGCAUUACAUUUUGUAGUCAUGUAAAACCUAUUUAAUACCUUCCAGCCCUGUUCCUCUCACCUGUUUGAAUGUGGGUUGGAAUUUACAUGCAUUAAGAGUUGUUCCAGACUUACCCCUCCCCAAGGAAGAAUAGCAUAAAUGCUUCUCACUGUGAAAGAAAUUCACUGUGAAAAUGUGUCAGUUGGUUUGACUGACAACGUUUUAUUUUACCCCUAAGCCCCUUUAAAACAGAAUGACAUUCUUCUCAGUAAUAUAGGCAGAAGAGAACUGGGAGAUGUGAAUUUCUAACAUGGUCUUCUCCUUUAAAUGUAACCAGCUUCUCUCAUUCUUCAGCUCAUGUUGAAGUUCUCAGCUGUCCCUCGGGGAGCUGUUUUUUUCUUUCCUCAUGAAACCUAGGAACUCAGGGGCUUGCUCUCAUGUUGGAACAAAGUGUGUCAACACCUAAAGUAAUCUGAGUUUUAACAUACAGUCCAUCACUGCAUUCCUGAAAAGAGAGCCUUACAUUGAAAGGUGAUGGAGCAGUAUUUUCCUUUCUCUGUACUGUUUCAGCCUUCCCCGGAGAUGACUUUUCCAUGUAUCUCUUUGGGUGUACCAAAGCUCGUUGCAUUUUGAAUGGCAAUCAUUUUUAUCUUUUUUCAAGCCUUUCUUGAGAAGUAUUUAUUAAAAUUCGCCACACCUGAUUGCCUCUAAAGGUAAGUUUCACCCAUAGCUCAAAUAUUUUAAAACAAGCUUGUGGGCAUCAAGUUCACUUUUGGCCUUCUAAAUCUCAGUAUUUUUUCCUGGGCGGGGUGGGGGGGAAGGUAAUUGUCUUAGCACUCUUUUGUUACGCACCAUUCUUCUCCAUUAAUGUGCAAGUAUAGCAAUGGUAAUAACAAAUCAUGUAAUCAACUUCUGAUUCUACUUGUACCCACACGCUUUCUUUGUCCAAUCUCAUUUUAAAAGUUACAGGUAUCAACAUUUCUAUCACUUACCACAAGCAGCUACUUUACUGGCAUUUCAGUGUAUCUCAGGUGUCAACUUACAUUGUAUUUACUAGAUAAACGGAUAUUUAGAAGAGUGUAAAGAGUAAGAUUUACAGUUAGAUAUAUUUAUUGUGUAUGGCUGGUUAAACAUUUUAAUGUUUUAAUGUGUUUAAUUAUUUUGUGAACAGGUUAUUCUUAGAGAUGUGGUGAUAUGUUUUUCUCUAGUAAUUAUAGUGGGAACGUGUGAAAUAAUUUUUUUAACAGAUGACUAUAAACAGAUGCAGGAGUUAUGUAAUAUUUUGGUUUUACUAAUUUUAUGGUCUAUUUAAAAAAAAAAAAAAACAAGAUAUCACUGGUGAUUUUUGGUAGUUUAAUAUUGGAUGUCCAAUGGAAGACACUUCAGGAGUCCUAUGCUACUCAAAGAUGCUGAGUACAAUAGACUACGUUUCCAAUGUGACCAAACAUGACUUUUGUUGAAGAUGAUUUAUUUUUUGUUUUGUUUUUAAGAAACGUUUUUCUACAAGAACAGCUUGUGUUAGCCAUAGUUAUAUGGAGCUGUUUUGUCGCUUUAAUUCUUCUGCAGAGAAGUUGUUAGCUCUACAUGUGCAACUAGUACAUUCAUGGGGAUAUUAGUUAUAAACAAAUUGCACGAAUCUCUGCUAGCCAGCGAGUGACAGUACUUGAUUUCCCUGAGAGACAGAUGUCUCGAAGUACCCCUCUCACUCUGUCUUUGAAAGUGUUACAGGAUAUAACAAAAUAGGAGUGUUUCUUCCCCUCUUCUGAGUGAAUGUCACUUUCUGAUAUUAUUUGAUUCUUUUUGACUUUGCUAUAAUGUAGUAAAAGUUUACAAUGAGAAAAUAAAAUAUUGUGAAAUAAAUGGAUUAAUUUUUAAAAUUUACAU